AGUCAUAGAAUCUUGUUGUUUGGCUAAUUUUUUAUAUUCAUUUCAGGUAGUUCCAUCCCUCAUAUUUUAGGCACUCUAUUGCUAAUGCAUAAUUUAAGUGUUUGAAACAGAUAAAUAUUCAGAAAAGCAACUUCCUUUUACGAUACUAAUGUGGCUGGUCAGUUUUUUUUUCUUGUCAGCAAAAUUUUAUAUAUAUAUUAGAUAUGAAGGCUGUAGGUGUUGUCAUCCCCACCAAAUUAAAGUCUUGGUCAUGUUUAGCUUAUCAUUAGUAGAUCAAAUUCUGAGAUACACAACAGAUUAAAUGUAACACAUUUUUUACAUUGGCUAUUCAGGCAUUAAGGGAAACUGAGAAGUUGGUAACAGCUUUGUGUGACAGUUGCAUCAGUGCACAGUUGAAUAAAUGUGGUGUAGAAAUUUAUUAUAUUCAUUAUGAAAUUACUGGUAUAGAGGUUGAGGAAAUGUAUUUUGUUAUCAUAUAAUACAACAAAACUGUUCGGAACCUUGCCUUUACUCAGGUGAUAUAUUUAAUUGCAUUUUUAUUGCAUAAGAUAAGUUAACAAGAAUUGGUAAUUAGAGUAUUUACACAUUCUUUGUUUAUUGUUCUGACGAGCAUGGCUGGGGAUCGUAUCCAGGGCUGAGCAAUGAAGGUUGAUAACUACAACUGCCUCUCACAUACUCUGUGGCUAUGGCUGGACUGCAGCAGCACACUCCCCUUAUUCAGAGUCACCAUUCAUCAAGGAAGGCUGGCAGGCUAUCAACGGCAUAAGCAGUGAUGAGCUGUUGGUGCUGCCUAUUCAGUUUCCUAUUCUGUUCUCUUAAGUGGUAUGAGAAUUCUUUCUGUAUCACCUUUGAGCUCUACACACUGCUCGGAAUUAUUGAUGCAGCUCAAGCAGCUCCUCUUUAACAGUUCUGGACAAUGCAAAACUUCAUAGAACUUCCUGCUAGUAGAUGGGGCUGGCUUGGCCGGCUACACAGACUGGCUUUGUUCUGCUUCCAACUUAACUUCUUGCACCUCCUCCAUGAUGUCUCCAAUGGUGCUGUCAGCAUAAGAUUUGAUGAAUUCAAGCAUGGCCUCACUACUCCUUUCUGCAGAAUCUUCCAUCAGAAUGCACCUGCUUCUCCACAGCUUGUUGAUGGCUGUGUUUCUUGAGUGGUGUGGUGUCCAAGAGGCUGCUGCCGUUGCUGAUGAUGUACUUAUUCAAAUGAUCCACAAGUAUAUGCAGUUGUGUGAAGCCUCACAGCACAUAUACUCUAUGGGUUCCAUCCUUCACAAGAAGUUUGGAAAUCGCUUGGCUUCACUUGUGACUGAGCUGUUGAUUCGUGCCCUCACAAUGGACAUGAACAGCUUAGAAGCCCUAAAAUUGAAGCAGAUAGAAGGAUCUCAGAAAGAAGAGCAAGUGCAAUUGGAACGACAGAUGGCUGAUGGAUUCAUGGAUCUGGCCACAGUUUUCACCCAUCACAAAAGUGUGGCAAGGGAGUGUGUCCUCACUGCAUUUAGCCUUCACCCAACCACUGAACGCCUAGUCUUACUCAGCAGUUUUGCUGGCAACUCUCCCUCAUCAGAUAACUCCCAUGUUCUUGAACAACCACACUCAUUUUCAAAACACUCCACACCACAUACUGCCUCUCUUCUGCCACAAUCCUCCUUUUCAACCAGUCAAUCCUCUCCUACUUUUAUUCCACCCUCUUCAUCACCUGUCCCACAUUCUUCAUCUGAUAUAUCUCAACCACCUUGCUUGUAUCAACCAGGAUCGCCUCCUCAGUUUUCUUCAUCUCCCAGUAUCCCACACCUAUCCCCCUCUCAUAUUCCCCCAGCUUCUCAUCCAGUACCAUCCUCACUAGUGGCAUCCUCCCAACCCACCACUGUUCCCACAUCUUACACCAUUUCCUCUCCCACCCCACACUUUCCAUCUGCCACUUUGCGUCCUGAAGCCUCCAAUGAUGGUACAGAAAUGGAACUAUCCACCACGUGCCUGCAGUCCACUUCAACCUCUGACAUGCAAACAGGCUCCUUCAACACAUCAGAGGGCACUGGUGUUGUACAAACUACACAGUCCACCACUUGCCUUCAAUUGUCUUCAAGUGAUUUUCAUACACCACCAUGCUCUCAAAAUGACUUGCAAAUUCCUGAUUUGUCCACAUUGGAAAACUCCACAGUCAGUGACCCAGUCCACAAUAGUCUUAAUUACGUUGGUGUUCAAAAUAGUGUUAACGUUGAUAACAUGGAAGUGACUAGUUCCAGUGAAGUACAAGUGAGUCAAAAUGAUUUACAAACUGAUGAGCUUAACAUUAAAGGCCGAGUAUCUCCAGUGAGUGAUCAGAGAGGUCUAUCAUGUGAAGACCAUUGUCUAACAGACAUCACGAUAGACACAGGACAACCUUACCCAAAUAUGUCGUCUGUUGCUGAUUCUGAAGAGUCGCAGAUGACCAUUGAAAAUAGUGCUCAAAUUAAGAUGGAAGAUCUCUCAUUGUCGCAAACCAAAGAUAUAAGUACUAAUGAUAAGGAACUGGAUAGUAUAACCCAUGGAGUAUCCAGAAUGAAAGAUGAUGUAGACUCUAUGGAUAAGUUCUACAAAAGCACAGAAAACUUUAUUGAACAGUUAAGCCAAGAGCCGCCCAUUAAAUCUAAAUUGACAAAUCUUUGCCCAGGGCAUCAGAAUUAUGAUGUAUUGACCCAGCCUAACCAAGUCCUUGAUGCAGAACAGCUAGGCAUUACUAAAGAACUCUGUGAUGACUUAGCAGUAGUGCUCAGCAGUCCACGGUGGCAAGUGUUGUCGUGGAUGCUGGACUGGGGUGAGCUCUCAAAAAUUUGUGGGCAGUACAUCAAGGAUGCUGACAGUGCUAAGAACAUGACCAAGGAACUGAAGUAUCUCAAUAUUGAUUAUAGUCAGUUUCAAAACAUGCCAUCUGCAGAAAUUACGGAGUUCACUGGCAUAGAAAAAGGAUAUGAACACUUUAUUGAGCAUGAAUCUGAAAAUGAAGUCUCAGAUGAUGAGUGCAGUGUGCGUCCUAAGGGAGGUCACAUCUCUCCAACUGUCGAAUUGAACACUGACUCUGCAAAGAUAUCAAAAAGGGGAAGAGGACGACCAAAGAAAAUGUCACAAAUUAGUAGACCUUAUGACUCAGACUCAGACCUUGAUACUGCUGAACAGUUGAAGGGAUCAUCCUGUUACAUGAUUUCAAUGUCUGAGUCAGAAGAGUCUGAUAUAGAUAAUAAAAAUAAGACAUACUUGCACAUGGACUCUGAGCGAAGUGGGGUCAUAGAAGGUAAGAGAGUAACAGCUGUAAGCAAUCAAGACCGAAGUAAGCGUAUCAGGAUUGAUGCCGAGACAGGCAAACUGCGAAAAGACAGGAGUUUAUUGAAUAGCUUGCGACUCUUUAGACACCAGAAAUAUGGAGGUGAUCUUGUGUAUGACUCUGAAUUUGAAGGGUUACAGCGCUCUGCUGAAAACUUUGCACCUCCUCUCAGUUCGUUGAAUCUUAACCCACGUGUUGUACUAACAGAACGGGACAAAUCAGCUGUAGAUCAGCAGCUUCAGAGGUCAAUGACAACAGCUAUGGCAGGGAAAAGAGUUGGUUCUGGGAAGGCAACUCUGUCUAGUCAGUCACGUGAAUCUUGGAGAUAUGCAGGAUCCUUUGUGGCACCCAAUCCCACCAGUGCUGCUCGUCCAGCCACCUCAGUCCCUCUCCCACGCUCCCCUUCAGUCCAGUGUUAUGUUCGUCAUAAAGAUGGUAAAGUGCGCUUUGCUUCCUUCAAUAGAUCCAUUCUGGCUGGCAGUCGCCCCCCUAAUCCAGGUGGUCAGAAUAACUACUUGAAAUUGUUGAAAAGACCAACAUCAGGUUAUGAUGAUUCCUAUGCAAAAUUUUUGCUGCAGCAGAACCCCAGUCUCAAAGGUAAAGGGCCAGAAGAUAAUGCAACCAGAAAGAGCAUGACACUUGAUGCCAGCUUAGAUUAUCUUAAAAAACAAGGUACAACAGUCACUUAUAGAAGAAAAACAGGAUCAGCCUUAGCUCUUGCAAAUGCUCAGAAGACUGUCUUGAACAGAAUAAUGUCCCCAGAAAAUGCUUUAUCAGCCAUAAGUAGUCGAACUGCUAUUGCAAUGCCUGUCAGUAACAAUCCUCCAAACUUACCUCCAUCAGACAAGACAAAUCCUGCUAAUCUUAGUCGGGUCUUACCCAAAGGCACUACUGUUGUGAGGAAACCCAAAUCAGAUGGAGCUGGACCCAGCGGCCUCAGCAAUAACAGCGGGUCAGGUAGCAGUUCAGGUACGCGAACUGUGGUCUCCCGACCAGGAAGUUUUCCAACUGUGGUUGCUCGUCCCAACACAACAGUCUCAUCGGUCGUUCGUUCAGGGAGCUCUGUCAUGGCUGUCAGAACAAAUGCAUCAACUAUUCGAACAACCUAUUCCCGUGGUGUGGUGGUAACUGGCAGCCUGGGAACACAAGAGGUGGCUACUAACAGAAGUACAUCACCUCCAUUGACUGACAGCUCUCCAUCUACACCAGGAGGUGUCCCUUCUGGGUCAGGAUCCUCUUCCUCUUCAACGCCGGCCCCUUUAGUCUCAGCCACGGUGGUAGGUAGUGUCCUCACAACUGUUCCAAGCAGUUCCCCCAUGGGGACACAAAGUGGAAAUACUGGCAAGCAGCAGCAACAGCAACAGCAACUACUGCAGCAAUCCUGGGAUGUUGUUCAGAAUGAAGGCGUGUGUGUAAGUGGUGUUGAGAGUAAUACCACCAUCACCCAAAUGAGCAGCACCACCAGAGGAGCCACCACUUGUACCACCACCGUGGCUAGCCCUCCGGGGGACACCAGGGCAGCUAGUAUGUUAGAGACUUUACUCAGAGACCGACCUGUUCCUCCCAGCCCUCUCCAUACCCAGUCCACCACAGCUAUCACCACUAUUACUGCUGCCCUACCUAGUACCAUAACAUCUAUAGUAGGCAGCAGUAGUGUUCCUAUGGCAGUUACUGGGGAGAGCCAAGUGACAAAUGCUGUGGUGGGUGCCUUGAGCAGUACUGGCAACAACAGUGGCAAUGUGGUCAUUGCAAGUGGAUCAAAUGCCAACAGUGGCGUAAUCAUGGCGAGUGGUGUUGUUGGAGCGCCCACAGGGGGAGGUGUUGUAGUUGCCAGCAGUGGAAUUGUCGGCAGUAGUGGUGUUGGGGUAAACAGUAGUGUUGGUGAGGGUGGCUCUGGAGCAGUGCAGCAGGUGCUUUUGCCUGGCCAAAUUGUCCAAGUUCACACCAGUGAUGGUACAACAGGCAUUGGAAUUGUGCAAUCUUCCUCAUUAGAUUUAAGAUUACCAGCUGGAACAAGAGUGAUAAAACCUGGUGGUGGGACAAUACGAACCACAGCUGCACAGCAACAGCAAGUUACAGGAGUAAUAAACCAAACUGGUGGUCGCCAGGUCAAUGUGUUGCACAAUGUAAAAAUUCUACAGAAUGUGCAAAACAGACAGAUUGUCCGCACUGUUGUUGUACCACAUCCUGUUGCCCUCCAGGGUCUAAAUACUCCAUCAGGUCAAUUAAAGCCUCAAGUUGUUUCUCUAAGCCAAGGAACCAGCACAUCUGUGUCAACAGCAGGAGAGGGCGGGGUGAUACAGCCCCAAGUUCCUGCUACCACUGUGAGGGCUAAAAUUCCACCUACCACUAUUGUCCAGAAAGUAUUAAGCCGUAGUGGACUGGUCAUCCGCACUGUCAGGCCUCAGACCUCAUCUACUCAAGCAUCAGGAGAUGCAGCUUCUUUUGAAGAAGGAUUGGGGGCAAAAUUACAACAGCAGCAACAAGCUGCUGAUGGAGAGAAAAACACAGGAACCACUGCCACCACUAAUGUGACUGUAGCUCGUCUGCCCCAAGAUGAAGGUCUUGGUGAACGUCUUAGUCACUACCUGAAGACUGCCCUUGCGAGCUCUACAAGUACCCAAAGUGUUGGAACUCAAACCCUGACAACAGCUGUGAAGCCCUCAGCAGGUCAGUUAGUAAAUCAGGUUGCUAUGAACCACUUACGAAGUGGGGGCAAUGCAGCUCUCUCUCUAUCAGGAGGCAUCCCUGGAAUGAGUGGUCCUCCCAAUACCAUUUCAACAAGUCCAACACCUCCACAACAAGCAAAUAUACCUUCUCUUCCUUUAACUCCAACUAAUGCAGUCAGUUCCGAAACUUUGGAGCAGAUAAGGGAAUUUGAAUCCGUCUUUGAAAAGGUAUCAAAUAAAUCAGGAAAAGAGGGAGCUGAUGGAGAAGCAAGUGUGGACAGCUACACAAGUACUCCUAUGUCCUCUGAGGAGUCAAUGAUUGCUGCACAGCUUUUGAGUAUGGCUAAUGAUAAUCCUGCUGUCACAACAUCUUCAAGUUAUGUAUAUUCUGUUCCCACAACUGUCUAUGAUGCAAGUGGAACACGUCUAACUGAAGGAACGUACAUAACCAUUCCUAGUACCACUCAAGCAGGCACUCUUAUUUUAGUCAAUCACAGUGGUUCUGGCACAGGAUUAGUCACCGUUGCCAGUGGUGUACAGAACCAGCAGCAGCCUCCUCCUGCAGCUUCACCAGCUUUAUCUUCUACCUCGUCUCAUUCUUCUAUUGCAUCGUCACCAUCAUCUACUUCCAGCAAGACUAAAAAACCACCACCAAAGUCAAAAACUGUCCCUCCAGCCACUCCCCCCGUAGUGGCCAAGCCCAAAACCCCACCACCUCCAAAAGCUCCAGCCCCUAAACCAACGGUGGCCAAAACUCAAUUGGAAGAAAGUGACGAAACCAAAGCUCGUAUUCAGGCUAUCCUGGAGCAGUACAAGCAAGAUCUGGCCAAUACUCCACAGCCUCAACCAGCCCCAAGAAACAGAAAAAACUGCCCUCCUCCAAAAAAUGAAGGAAAAACAUCCACCAAAAAAAAGAGUCCAGUAAAGAAGGUUGAAGGGGGUGCAGGGAAUAGUCCAGCAGUCUCAGAAGGCUCCAUAGUUGGGUGCCCUUCCCCAAGUCCAUCACCAGGUCCUGCAAAUGAUAACUCAGUUGGUCCCUCAGGUAGUGCUACAGGUGGCCAACCAGUUCAGUUCUCCCAAGUUGUGGCUAGUCAAGGUAGCACUACUCCCGGAAACCACAGUGUUCCUGAUGAGAAGAUAAAGGCUGAGGGUAGUCCUGAAGUUGUUGCUUCAGCUCCACAAAUACUCCAGGGAGUCAUGGUGUCAAAUGUAAAGGUUGAAGGAAGUAAUUUAUCAAGUAAUUCAACAAACCUUGCACAAGGCAUUGCAGGAGGUAGAUUUGUCCAGCUUAUUCGACAUUGUGGAAAAGUGACAACAAUCACAACUCGUCAACCCAUGAAUAAAGCAAAAUCUGCCAGCCAAGGAGGCCCUCCUCCUAAUGUCACAAUACAGGGGCGGAUCAGUAUGAAUGAUCUCAUGGAAAGUCAUAUUGCAUCUCUGUUAACUGGAGGAGGUUCAGCUCUGACACAGACUCCAUCUGUUGUCAGCAAGAUUGUUCAGCAGCAGCAGUUGGCUAGUCACCAAGGAGUUCAACAAGUAGUAGUGCAAACAUCAGGAGGACAGCAAGUAUUGCAACAGGUAGCAGUUCAACAGCUUCCCACUUCACCGGUCAAACAGCAGCAGCAGCAGCAACAGCAGAAACCCCAACAGAAAAGCAGCGUAAUUCAACAACUCUGCAUUGCGAGUAAGGAAGAACUGUCGGGUGCAAGUUCACAGACUUCUCAAGUACCAGUCAGUAUGGCUUCCUUGUCAAAUACUCUUUCCAAUAAUAUGGUCACUAUUGCAAACACCAAUGUUCUAAGCACACAAGCUGUCUCUAAAAUAUCUACAAAUUCAAGUCCAUCACCACCUACAAACACAUCAGGCAUCCCUUCACCAGCUCUGUCCACUGCAAAUAAUACUAGUGCUGUUACCACAAGUGGCACAGUUAAACUUCCUUCCCUCUCUUCUAUCCCAAACUCUCCACUCACUCCACAAACAAAUGCUGUAACAUCACCUCCAACUCCACAACCUGUAUCAGCCUCCCCUCAUACUCCCUCUCCUGCAACAGAGCCAUCUCCUACCCCUUCAUCUUUUCAAAUGGGAGAAGAGAGCAAUAGUAGUGAACAGAGCGUUGGUGAAGGUCUUGCAGGACCACUCCCUCCAUUUCUCACCUUAAAAUCAUUCAUCAUGAGGAGCCCACAGCAGCCUUCACCACAAACUCAGCAAACACAACAGCAAAAAAUUCAGCCAGAACAAAAAAUAUCAGAUAAGUGCUUCACUUCAGGAACAGGAAUACAAGUCCCUAACAGUUCAGGACCUGCUCAAGAAACCACUACAGUAUCCCCUUCAGUAGCACAUAACAAAACUCCCCAAAGAGGAAAUCAGUCACAUGUCCAGUUGCAGAUUUCACAACCUCCUAGAAAACCAACCACAGUAAUUCGGUCUGGAGGAGGGAAUCCUGGAAGAAGAUUAGUUGUUGGAGCUGUGGAUGCAAAUGGAAGGGCAGUACCACAAGGCACAGCAGGUUCUCCUCUUGUCAGUGGCACAGGGGAAGCAGGAAUUGCCACAUCACCCAUGUCAAGCUCCAGUCAUGAGGGAUCACCAGCCAACACACAGUCUCGCAUACGCCUGGCAACAAGACCCCAAGACAUGAGAAGUAAUUCAAUUGACUCCUUAAAAAGUGAUCUGAGUGUUGAAGAGGUUCAGAUUCCACCUAGUCCAGCAACAUUAACAAAACAGAUUCAAAGUGCAUACAUGACUGAAGCAGCACUGUCUCCCUCAGUCUCACAGUCUCAGCACUCAGGAUCCUCCUACUCUUCCCCAAGCACAACACAUGAUUUACCAUUUACUGAAGCUCCUGCUACCUCAGAUGAUUCUUCGGGAGGUGGUUUGACACAGCCUGGCCACUCCUCAGCACCAUCUGCUCCUGGCCUCUCCGUGACAGGGGUCUCUCCUGAAGGUGAUACUCAAAUGGGAGCAUUGACCUCACCAUCUGGAGAUGUUUACCUUCAUCAGUCUGGUACUGGGUUAGGGCUGGAGAGCUUGGAAGCAGGGACACUGCCCCUAGUUUCAGGUAUGGAAGUAAGGACACAUUCUCCAGCCUUGAGUGAUUUGGUGUCCUCAGGACCUCUCCUUACUUGGUCCCCAAGAUCUGCAGACUCCAUGAUGGCACAGUCUCCUUCUUUAAAUGAUGCUCUCACAGCAAACAUUCCUCUUGAUGUUAAUCACAGUGAAGAUUCUCUUUGUGACUCAUCCACUGGUUUCCCUGGGCUCUUCUCAAUUGAAGGAGAUGGUGUUAGUGUGUCUUCAAGCACAAGUGAAGACACUGGAAACACCACAGCUGGGGUUUCAAACAAUCAGCAACACACUUUGCAACAAGAUCUAGAAUCACAGGAACAAAUAGAGGUGACGAUAGAUCUGCAUCCCCGAGAAAGUGAACAAGACCACACCAUAACCUCUACCAGGUCGCCAACUCAGUUAGAGCUACCUGUGGCCACCCUUCGUGGAAUAACUACUCAUAGCAUACCAUCAUCAGGGAGCAUUGUUAUAAACCAUGGGUCACAGGAGACACCAUGGAGAUUUGACAACACUAUUGUUUCACAGGCUAAAAGUGUCAUUAACCAGACAUCAGAACCUACUAAUGGGCAUCAUAAUGAUAAGCAAUCUGCAGAUCCUGAAGAAACUGCAGGUCCAUCAAACAACAUUCAAGGUAAACAGAAUGACGGAGUUCAAGCAUCAUACCAAAAAGGUAAACAGAAAAGAGGAAGCAACACAGAAUUAAAUGAACAAGAAGUUGAGGAUGUCAGAAUUGUGGCUGAGGUUGUUGCAAUGAAGGGAAUGGAGAAAACAAACAAACAAAGCAAAUCUGAUGGGAAGAUUGAUGGUGAAGUGAAGAAAUCUCAAGAAGGGAAUAGUAGAAAGCGCAGUCAGUAUUCAGCUUGCCCUCCUGACAAAAGAAAACUAAGUGUAAUAAAUGAAAAUGAAGUAAAGACAGAAGAAAUACCAACAAAGAAUGGACAUGAAGAUGAUCCUGCACAUUCUAAUAUAAAAAUUGGAAACAGUAGUGUUGGUAGAAACAAGCGUAGAAGCUCUCAGCGUGCUGUAGCAGCUUCUAGUAAUGCAGUUUCUCCAACUUCAGUGAAUCGAACUAGAACAAAGCCUUUGAAAAGUGAAGCCAAUAUUAAACAGGAGCAUGGAUCUGGAUUAUUAGGCAUUGACAUCAAAGAUGAAAAACUUAUAAAGCUAGAAAAGGUCAUAAAGGAACACAGUGAUGGUGGAAUCGGAAGAACUAGGGGGGCAAAGAAACGCACAGAAACAGACAGUGUUGGGGAAAUAAAGGAGGAAGAGAGUCAAGGGGAGCAAAAGAUAAGUGGAGAAAUUAAGCAAAGUGAGGAUAGCACUGAUAUGAAGUUUGGUGAAGGGGAGUGUGGUGAGGAGAUGAGACGUGGUGGCAGAGGUGCAAGGGCUGCUAGACGAGGUGAUGGCUAUGUUUUAAUGGAAGAGGAAGUGCAAAAUCAUUUGGAUGAGGAUUCUGCAGUACCACGGGGGAACCGUGGCCGCCACGUCAGUGGCACCUCGGAUACCAGCAGCAAUUAUAGCGUUGAGUGUGCUGUCACUCCAGCAGUUCUUGACACCCCCAGCAUCAGUGGGGGACGGAGACGACGGCGGCACAGCAGAGAAAGCAGUGCCAGCAGCAGGGAUGGCAGCCCACUCACAAUACAUUCUCAUGAAUUUCCCCCUAGUGGUGUUAAUACUAGACGCUCAUCCUCACGGGACCAUGCCAAGAAAAAGAAAUGCUCAUGUUGUGUGGGAGGGGAACAAAAGAAAAGUACCUCUGGCAGUGGAAGGAGAGUGUCCACCAGAGCUGCCAGAGGCUCCAGCAGUGGUUCUUUGCAGUGAACAAAACAAUUUGUGUUUCUUGCAGUGUAGGACUUUGCUAGAAUCCUCAUGUAUGUAUAUGUAAAAGUUCCAUCUGUAGUGACUGUACAAGAAAUACUGGUGAUUGAGGAGAGAUUCAUCCAUACUAGCAAUAGCACUGCAGUAGAUGAUAAGCAGCUAUAUCCCAUUCUGUGAUUCAUUUAUGUAGAGGACACUUAAUGGCUCACCUGUGGUAUUUCUGAGCUAAAUAUCUUCUCCCAAGACAAAAAGAUGUGGCUUCUGUAGUUUUGAUGAUAUUGUUGAUCUUUAUGAAUAAUAGUGGCUUUGGAACAACAGUCUUCAUCUCUUUCCACAGAAUAAGCAUUAAGUGUUAACAGUUUAAUGUUCCUUUUCAUAUUUCAAAAUAUUUUUAUACUCUGAAAAACUUGCUCACUUGUGUGAGCUCUUGCAGCACAAUUUUUUUUAAUGGGAUAUUAGUGCCAUACAUUUCCAAUUUAAAUUGAGUAGACUGCAGACCACUGAUUUAAAAAAAUCUCUGUGGUCAUCAAUGGCUUGGCUUGAUGCACAUUUUUGUAUCAUGUCAGACCAGUAAGGUCACAAUGAUCAUUUGUACCUGAGUGCUUUUAAACUGGUGUUAGUCCAAGUCUUUUAGACAAAUCCAAGUGUGAUGCAGUGUUUCCCUCCUGUCUGUCAGUGAAUUGACUUCCACUACUUUACAAUUCUGAAUCAAAGAACUUAUCUCUUUUCUCAAAAGUAUGUAUUGCUUUCAUUCGACAUAGUUCAUUACCAUACAUAGAUUGAUUUUUAUAUGUAUAUAUAUUUUUUUCAUAAUGAAGGCAGUUUUCAUAUGUUCACAGCUUGAAGGUUUUUAAUCUAAAAUUUUCUAUUAGUCAUUUUUUAUUUUUUCAUCAUCUUAUCUCCAUAAUUUCAUUUCCAUAUCAUUUACCUGUAUGGAAAUUAUAAUUUCCAAAUCAGGAUUUAUUCAACUUAAGAGUUGGCGACUCAUCCAAUUUGGCACCUUGUUGGGUCACACAGAUUGAUACGCUUUUGGUGGACGUUGUCUGGUUCUUAAAGCCUGUCCUGCGCAAACUGUAAAUACUUUCUCAUUAGUGAUUUUGCUAUAUCCAAAUUUAUAUCUUAAUUUUUUGAGACCCUCCUUAGUGGGUUAUAUUAUGAUUUGUAAAGAUAGAAAAGUGGUGUUCUUUAACUCUUAAAAUCAAUAGGCUAGUAUUACUUCCUUGAUGGAUCAAAAGCUAUGUUGAGAAAAAGUGACGUGGCUCCUCAGUGAUAGUCCUUUACUCAGUAACUGAUGGCCAGUGGAGGAGGAACCAGCGUGCUGUCCAUACCAGUACUCUCAUAGAAUUAUUAGUAUUUCUACCAAAGGGAAUAUGUCGCAUCUGUAAGUAAAAUCUAUAGUAAAGCUAUAUGUUCUCUUUGUGAUACAUUCCCAGUCUGCAGUACUUUUCUUUUCUUUUUUCUUUUCAUGCAUAGAAAAUUCAUGAAGUGUGGAUCCAUUAGAUGUGUUCAUUAUGGAUGUGGGUCUGUUACAACAUGGGAACUAUAAGCAUGUUCAUGCUGUGUAUUUAUCCUUAUCUUGUAGCUCUCAUAAGAGUGAUAUGCCAGACUUAAGACUUGCAUCUGCUAACACUGUAAAGUUCUGAGAAUCAAUACGAACAGAGCAGCCAUAUCAGCACAGAGCUGAUAGUCCAGCAUCUUGUCUUGUUCAGACUGAAUGGGACAUGUAAAAAUGAAAGACAAAACGAGUUGUGAUGUAAUAACAAUACUGUAACCAUAGAAACAUUGAACAGAAGUGUACCAGGAAAUUAAGUAAGAGACAGACCCACUCCUGUAUACAUAAAGUAGCUUAUCACUGUAGUGUUUGUAUUCCCAAGUUUGGGAAAAUAUGCUUGACCAUCAUUAUCUCUGACAGUGAUGGUAUUUAAUUGUCCUUGCUCUAAGAGAAGUAGUAAUGUUAAUGCAGAAUGUUUGCUUUUUUAAUUUCUUGGGAGAUCUCUUAUUUACAUGCCUAGAACCAUUUCAUUACCAGAAAGGGCACUUGAAAUUUAUUACUCUUCUGGACAAAUCUGAGUUGAAUAGGGCAAGUUGUUUUGAAUCAUAUUUCAUAAUGAAAAUAUUUAUUUUUGAAAAUUGGCAGAAAUGCAACAUCAGCAUUGAAUGUUUUAUAUGUUUGUAAUUAAUAAUAGAAAUUGCCAAGUAUUUUGCAUUUCACAGCUGAAGAGUCUUGUACAAUCACUUUUUUUUUUUUUUCUUUUUUUUUUCUUCAGAAUGCCAUUAAUUAUUCCUUUGUAAUUACCUUGAGGGCAUCCACAUCUUAAGACUACAGUGACUAUAGAAAUAUAAACUAUUUUACUUAGAUGUAUAUAAAAGUGUGAAGGUUUCAUAAUCAGCCCUUGUACUGUUAGCAUGUAAAAUUGGCUUAGAAACUGACUUGAGUACUCGUUUUUUUGCUUGUAGAAGGCUAGCUCCUGCGUGUGUUUAUUUUAAUAUUGUAUUGAAUGAUGCUUACCAGAGUUAUGUAAUGAUUGUGUUUAUAAGGGAUUUUUUUAUUAUUUAUACUGUAAAUAGCUUGCCAAAGCUCUCCACAUGUACACUAUUCUCCUGUUCCAGCUAGGAGAAAGCUACUCUAGGCUUUCUCCAUUCCUAGUUAAGUGUAAGUUUUCUUGAUAAAAUGUUAAUACCACUCUGUUUGUAAAUGGUAUUGUGUACAAAAUGUUCAUUCUUUUUGUAUUUGUGUAAUGUAUGUACAAAACGCAUAAAUCCUUUCAUUUUUGCAGUA